GCUCCCCACUUUUAGCCAAACGUCAAAUCGUUUAUGACUGUGCGGUCGUUUGUGUCUCAAGAAAUCAGUCUUUCCGCGAGAUUUCGUAAGCUAGUGCUUAACUGUGAAUAAAAAUUAGAGCGUGUGUGUUCAGUGAUAUUUAAAACAAAGUUAAAUAACACAAGAUGUCUUUCAAUACCGAUAUUUCAUCAAAACUGGAAAACAGCAGGAACAGCUUGCGAAAAAUUGCUAGAAAUGAUAACACUGAGUUCUCUAAGGAAAGCAUCCUCCAUGAAAUGGAGAAAUUCGUGAAAAUGGUCAAUACCAUGGACGAUACAGUACUUGUGCCCAGUCGGUUGAUGAACCUACCACAGGAGGGUGAUGAUGACCCAUUCAGUCUCUUUUCCAUGCUGAAUGACCUAAAGACUGAGCUGCUCUGGGCGGGAGCUGAACCUGAAGAGCAGAGUGAUCGUGGAAGAAGAGUGUCAGACAUGAGUGACACCGACAGCGAAACAUCAAGUGCUGCUGGCGACUCUGGCAUUGAAGGUGAGGAUGAAAGAGAGUCAGCUGCUCGCGCCGCUGAAGACUGUCGGCGCCAUCUUAGAGGCCUGCGCCGCUGCCUUCGCCUACUGACCGCUUCAGCUACACAUCUCACGAGGUCUUAUCAAGAAGAAGUGGGAGCCCCGGUUUAAAUAUUACAAAUUUGCAACUUAAUACCUGUGAUGUAAACUUGUCCCGCACAUGAUGUACAUAUAGUAUAAGCGGCCUCCUGUAAAUAUUGGCUAGUUGGGCUAGGCGUGUGUGGAAUCUCAGUAAGUUAUGUGGUUAUUUAAUAAAAUUAUUGUGAACAG